ACAGAUAUUUCCUCCAUGACAGAUGAAAAGGAACCAACAAAUUGGGUGAACAAAUAUGAUAAUAAUUUAGCGUAAGAGGAUUAACAAUUCCAAUAUGACAUCAAUGGAAAGUGAGAUGGAGACGUGUUCUUCAUCUGUUGAGCGAUUAGAUAUCAAAAAGGCAGAGACAAUUGCCCACAUAAAACCGGUAGGAUCAGUGUCCGAAGAGCAGCCUUCACCGCAGUUUCUCAGAGAACGUGAUGGUUGUGUAAAACUGUUUGAUCAAUGGUCAGAAAAUGACCAAGUGUUGUUUCUUGAACAUCUAUUGUCGCGCAUGUGUCAUUACCAACAUGGACAAAUCAAUGCAUUUCUCAAACCCAUGCUUCAGAGGGAUUUUAUCUCAGCACUUCCAGCCAAAGGAUUGGAUCACAUAGCAGAAAACAUCUUAUCAUAUUUGGAUGCCAAAUCAUUAUGUUCAGCGGAAUUAGUUUGUAAAGAAUGGUACCGAGUGAUCUCAGAUGGAAUGCUUUGGAAAAAGCUCAUGGAACGCAUGGUGCGAACAGAUAACCUCUGGCGAGGCCUCGCAGACAGACGAGGCUGGGGACAGUAUUUGUUCAAACCCCGUCCAGGAGAGGUACCCAAAGAUCACAAAUUCUACCGAAGCCUUUAUCCACAAAUAAUACAAGAUAUAGAUAGAAUAGAAACAAAUUGGCGGACAGGUAGACACACGUUACAACGUAUUCACUGUCGAAGUGAAACAAGUAAAGGUGUAUAUUGUCUACAGUAUGAUGAUCUUCGAAUAGUAAGUGGGCUCAGAGAUAACACAAUAAAGAUAUGGGAUAGAAACACAUUAGAAUGCAUGCAAGUAUUGACAGGGCACACCGGUUCAGUACUUUGCCUGCAGUACGAUAAUAACAUCAUCAUCUCGGGGUCAAGCGACUCGACUGUGCGUGUGUGGGACGUGCGCACGGGAGAAAUGCUAAACACACUCAUCCACCAUUGUGAAGCUGUGCUUCAUCUUAGAUUCUGUGAUGGUAUCAUGGUUACUUGUUCGAAGGAUCGUUCAAUAGCAGUAUGGGACAUGCAAUCUCCAACAGAAAUCAACCUACGUCGAGUUUUGGUCGGCCAUAGAGCAGCUGUAAACGUUGUAGAUUUUGAUGAUAAAUAUAUCGUAUCAGCAUCAGGUGAUAGGACUAUCAAGGUUUGGAGUACAUCAACGUGUGAGUUUGUACGGACAUUGAAUGGUCACAAACGUGGAAUAGCUUGUUUACAAUAUAGAGACAGAUUAGUUGUGAGUGGAAGCUCAGAUAAUACUAUAAGACUGUGGGAUAUUGAAUGUGGGGCGUGUUUACGAGUGCUAGAAGGUCAUGAAGAAUUGGUUAGGUGUAUUCGCUUUGAUAAUAGAAGAAUCGUGAGUGGGGCCUAUGAUGGAAAGAUAAAGGUAUGGGACCUAGCAGCAGCGUUGGAUCCUAGAGCUCCAGCAGGCACAUUGUGUAUCAAGACCCUUGUGCAGGAACAUUCGGGCCGAGUAUUCCGCCUCCAGUUUGAUGAGUUCCAGAUCGUUAGCAGUUCUCAUGAUGACACGAUACUGUUGUGGGAUUUCCUAAACGUUCCCGUCACAGAUACGCCUGUUCGCUCACCGUCUCGCAAUGCAUAUAAGUUAGUUCCAUAAAACUUAUCACAACCUUUGCCUAGAUGUGCCAGCUGCCUGUCGAUAAAGAAUGUGUGCUGAUAUAUUCUUGAAGAUACUGGUAAAUAAAAGCGAAAAUGACAACAUUGCCUCCAAUAUGUUAAUGGCUGUGUCUUAUAGAUUGCCACACUGACAAACCUUAUCAUGUUAAAAAAAAAAGGACUGGUUGGCAAUGUUGGACCUUAUUACGAGAUAAAUAGAUGCCAAAUGUGUUUGCAUGAAGUCUGCCUCUCGGAGGGAGUUUGGAGUAAAUGAAGUAAAGAGGAACUUUCAAUUUGUGCUUUAGAUAAGGUGUUUUUUACGAUUUAUGAAUCGAGAUCUGUUUAACUGGCAGACUAAAGAAGAUAUGUUCUGUUAUAAGUAAUAUUGUAUACAGUGUUAAUUUGUUUUCUAUUUAAUUGUCGUACUUGUGAUAAACGUUUUAACAUUUCAAUUUCCAGUCUGCACUGCCUUCGAUCAGGUGUAUAUAGCUGAAAUUGUGAUCGGUGCAGGAAUGAACAUAGUAACUUGCAUGUGUGAAUAUUUGAUGUCUGCUUGUGGAACCGAUACGGUUUCGCCUACUUGCCUUUUUUGUUGGACACACUAGGUAUCCUUCCACAACAUAAAUUGGCCUUUCUUUUGCAACUAAAGUGUACGCUGUGAAAAAACAAGACAAAGACAUACCUAUAAAUACUAAAGCUAUACUCAGUAAAAUCAGAGAUUUUUGCAAGGCUAAAUGUUUGUUAUUUUUAGCUCGACUAUUCAUAGAACAGUAGAGCUAUUGGACUCGCCCAUGCGUCGGCGUCCGCGUCCCGAUUUGGUUAAGUUUUUGUAUGUAAGCUGGUAUCUUAGCAACCACUUGUGGGAAUGGAUUGAAACUUCACACACUUAUUCACUGUGAUAAACUGACUUACAUUGCACAGGUUCUAUAACUCUGUUUUGCUUUUUUACAAAAUUAUGCCCCUUUUUGACUUAGAAAUUUUUGGUUAAGGUUUUGUAUGUAAGCUGGUAUCUCAGUAACCACUUGUGGGAAUGGAUUGAAACUUCACACACCUAUUUACUGUGAUAAACUGACUUACAUUGCACAGGUUCCAUAACUCUAUUUUGCUUUUUUACAAAAUUAUGCCCCUUUUUCGACUUAGAAUUUUUUGGUUAAGGUUUUGUAUGUAAGCUUGUAUCUCAGUACUCACUAAUGGGAAUGGAUUGAAACUUCACACACUUGUUCACUGUCAUGAUCUGACAUGCAGAAAGCAGGUCCCAUAACUUUAUUUUGCUUUUUUACAAAAUUAUGCCCCUUUUUCAACAUAGAAAUUUUUGGUUAAGUUUUUGUAUGUAAGCUGGUAUCUCAGUAUCCACUAAUGGGAAAGGAUUGAAACUUCACACACUAGUUCACUGUCAUGAUAUGACAUGCAGUGCAAAGGAUCAAUAACUCAACUUUGCAUUUUACAAAAUUAUGCCCCUUUUUCAACUUAGGAGUUUUUGGGUUAAAUUCUUAUAUGUAAGCUGGUAUUUCAGUACCCACUAAUGGGAAUGGAUUGAAACUUCAUACACUUGUCCACUGUCACGAGCUGAUAAGCACUUUGCAGGUUCCAUAACCCUAUUUUACUUUUUUACUAAAUUAUGCCCCUUUUUCGACUUUCUUAUUCAUUCAAGUGACAAGGCUGUUAAAUAGUCGAGCGUUGCUGUCCUCCGACAGCUCUUGUUAUUGUUAGAAUCAGUAGGUACAUAGGACUAUUUCAGUAUAAUAGUAACUGAACUUUAACUGCAAGUAUGUUCUUUCAGACAGUUCGAGAAAUUUAGUGAAAAUAAAUCCUUUGCAAAAUUUUCUGAUUUUGCAGUAGUCGUAGGGUUGAUAAAGAUGGUAUUUAAAAGCUGUGCUGGAAUUUUUAUUUUAUUUGAGACAAACAGUUCAAACAAAUAUGGAAAAAAUACAUCUUGGGUGGUUUUGGGUCUAUAAGUGCCUGCGACAUAACUAGGACUACAUAUUUUUUCUUAGUGCUAUUUUUAGUAGUGAUUAAGUUGUGACUGAUGUCCCGUAUUAUUGCAGAAAACCAGUUUGGAAAGUAAAAAAAUUGCAAAAACACAUUGCAGUAUUUGAAAACUGUUGCCUCGCACAUCUAAUAAAUUGAAAUCAUGUUAAAUUCAACUUAAGCCUUACUUAUUAUAAGAUUCUGUUUUUGGAAAUUGCUUUUUAAAAGUAAAUGGUAUAAAUCAUAUAUCUGCUUGGUGUUCUGUAUUAAAACAUGGAAAAUUGGGACUCUUUUUUUUUUUUUUUUUAAAUGCAUAAGUCUGCUCUUGUUCAUUUACUGAAUAUUGAAUUAGGACUAUUUUAAUAUCCAACAAAUUACAUGGGCUACUUUGUUAAAGCUGAUUUAUUUGUAAUUUCACAAUAUUUCAUGUAUCCCGCCUUUUAACAGACUUACAAUGGACAAUGUAACUUACGAGAUUUUAACAUUGUGAUAUGGUAACAAAUUGUACAAUUAAAAUCUCUUGUAAUAUAUAUAACUACCUUAUAUAUAUAUAUAUAUUUGUAUGGUGUUUUUUACCUGUCUUUAAGUUGCUAUUAUUUGCUUCAUAUGGGAAGUAUGGAAGUUAUUCUUGGCUGGCAUGAGUGUAUGGUAUCUAACAGCCCUUCAGGACUUUGAUUUAUAAAAGACUUCUGUGUAGUGUGUUUCAUAAGCUUUUGACAGCUUAGCCUUUUAGAACCUUAUGUGCAAGAUAAGGAAAUUGUAUCAUUAAUUAUGGAAUUCUUUUACAUUAGUUGCAGCUAUACUUUGGUUUAAAUCUUUAGAUGUUCCAUUAUUUUGUUUGUUCUUCUUUCAUUCCUAGCAUAUUAUUAUGAUUAAGGGCUCAUUCAUGUUUUUGAAACCACAUUUUAGAUAAUUUGUCCAUUCCAAAAAUACAAACAUUAAAUUUCUCGUUUGCCAAACAUUGUUUAUAUCUCAUGUUAAUUUUCUCAUUGGUUUCACUGUACUCCGUUAGUCAAAAAUAUGACUGGGAAGGUUAUCAAUCUAUUAGAAAGAUGUAUUUGUUAAACUUCAUGAUGGAUACUCUCCUUCAGGGAGGAGAUAAUUUCAUAUUGAGUACUCUUCUUAUGUGAGGAAGAAAUGUACUUGUUUGUGUGUUAGAUAUAGAAUGUGAAUGAAGUUGUCUGAUGUGCUUAUAUUAUAAAUGCUGUUUAGGGGUGUCUUGGAACCUAGAGCAUUUUUUUUGGUAGAUUAACUAAAUGAAGUAUAAAAAGUCAAUCUUCAAGAAGGCUUGUAGGACUCAGUCUAGGUGUCCUUCAUUGUGUAUAAAGAAUUGUCAAGGUGCCUAGGCAGAUGUUAUUCAUGUAUUUGUCUUAAUACAGAGGAGACAAAGUCUUAAACACUGAAUUUUAAAGCAAGAAUUUCUGAUAAGGAAGUAUUGUUUGCAAAUUUCAAGUACAGUAUGUUCAUCUGAUAAUUCUUAGGGCAUGUAGAGAUAUUUUGCACUUAUGUAUAUAUGUAAAUUCUGUUGUAUGUAAAGUGUGAAACUAUUGAAUCAUUUUGUUUAAUCUGGCUUACACAUUAAAAAGAACAUUGCAUCGAAUCAGUGCUAGAUACGCAAUAAACAUCCAACAUUCGUAUGUAAACAUUCAAUAUCUUGCAUCGUUUCGGCAUGAACACAGCCAGAUUCAUCACUUGUUAAAGGUAUGUUGUGUUCUUCUGGUAAUAACAUAUUUUUUAACCAACAUAGCUUUUCAGACUAUUACUACCUGUAUUCCUACUGACUUAAUUCAGUUUGGAGCUUUUGUAUAUUUCUGAAGUCAAUUUUUUUCUGAAUUGUAUUGUGGACUGUUUUUAUAAAAGAGUAUAAAUGAUAAAGGGGAAAAAAACCUGAAUUCUUUACUCAUCCUGAUCAGAUCUGUUUGUGAUUUGUUCCAGAAAAGGGCCUGUGUGGCCGCGUGGUUAAGUUCACUUAGAAUCACUUGCCCCUGACCGAAGUAGGUUCGAGCUUCACUUGGGGUGUUGAAUUCUUCAUUUGAGGAAGCUAUCCAGCUGGCUUACAGAAGGUUGGUGGUUCUACCCAGGUGUCUGCUAGUGAUGAAAUAAUGCACAGAGGGGCACCUGAGGUCUUCCUCUGCCAUUAAAGAUGGAAAGAUGUCAUAUGACCUACUUGUGUUGGUGUGAGGUUAAACACCAUUGAAAAAAGUGUCCCAGAAGUCGGGCUUAAUGAGUCUUAUAUUUAUCGAACUGUAAUAGUAAAAGACUUCAUUCGAGAGUCAAAAAUGCUGCGAAAAUAACAUAAUUAGUUAGUUGAAAAAGAUUAAAGUUGCUGUUUUGGAGUGCAAAAAUUCUGCAUUAUUUCAAAUGUUUAGCCUAUGACAUUGUCACAGUCAUUUUCAUAAAAAGGUCAUGAUUUGCAUAUUUUCACGUCAGCUCAAUUUGCAUUGAAUUUCUCUGCACUAUUGCAUGUUCUGUUUAUACAAUUUAUGUAAGUCUUCAUUUUGUACACACCUUGCAUUCAUUACUCAGAAAUGUAGUCAAAUAGUGUUUUGUUUAAAUUUUUAAAAUUUGCUUAAAUUGUAUCACUGCGUAAUAUCUAUGUAGCUUAUAUGAUUUUUAGGUUAGUCAAAUAGUAUUUUCCACAGAGAGCAUGAAAUGCAUAGUAAAAAGUUAUAUCAGGUUUAAUGCGCUUAUAAAAUAAUAUAACUGAUACCUUUUUUGUUUUCUUUGUUUGUUUUUUUUUUGUUCAUUUUAGUAUUAUUUAAAAUGGCUGGACAAAAAGAGAUGUCCACAAAUUUCUCAAGCAUAAAAAAUAUUCACUUGGAAGUUAUUCAAAACGGUUGCAAAAAUUGGUUUAUUAGAAAAUGCGGAGUUAAAACUUCAUUAGUUGUUAACAGUUGGUUAGAAGCAGGAAAAUAAGCAAGAAAAUAUUGUCAUAGACUAUAUUUAACCCUUAUCAUGCUAAACAUGACUGAUUUUGCCUUUGCGACCAGUGUAGAUCAUGACCAGCCUGCACAUCUGUGCAGUUUGAUCAUGAUCUGCACUGUUCGCCAUUCAGUCAGUAUUUUUUGGUCAACGCCCCUUUUAACAGUUAAUGGUACUGUCCAAAUUGAAAGAUAGACAAGUUCAUUAUAGUAAUUUAGCAGGGUAAGGGUAAAGUUUUAUUGAGGAAUGUUCAUUUAUUACUGUGAUUUUAUUUUUUUUCAAACUAGGUUUGUUUUGUUAAAUUUCAUUUCUGUCAUAUUGCAUUACAAAUGGGGUGAUUUUUGUUGUUGAUUGUAACUUAAAGAGAGGCUUUUGCAGCAAACAAUUUUAACUGCAUGUAUUAUUUUCACUUCUUCACCUCUUGUAAGAUACAACGGUAAGAUACUGUUUUGCAGUAAGCCCGUCAAUGGGUAGGUUGUUUUCAUGUCAAUAGUGAUUAGUGUGAAUUUUAUUGUAUAACAGAGAGCAUGUUUGUGUGUAUUUAUUUCAAAUUUAAUUCAUUUUUUCGAAGGAUCUGUGCUUAAAAUUUGUGUGUAUUAUGUUAUAAAACAUUAUAAUACAAAAUGAAAUUGACAUUGAAAAGCA